UCGGCUAAAAAAAAAUUAUCCAAACUCCCAGCGCUGCCACGACUUUCUCUCUUUCUUUUCGUGUUAUCUACGAUAUCUGAAAGAAUACAAUAAAUAGACAAAGAACAGGACAUUUAAAACGAGGAAUUCGUCCAGAGAAGAAAAUACCAAAUAUGCCGUUAAAGCGGGGACCUCAGGGCUUAGCGAAAUCAGCCAAACGCAAGAAAACCGAGAAAAAAGAAACACCUUCAACUUCUUCGUCUGCAACCACCUCUGCAGCUGCUGCCGGCGGCGAGGAGGAAGAGCAGGCUACGAUCGAGAUAUCAGAGGAUGUUGAUCCGGAUGAUGAACUGGGGCAGCUGUAUGCUUUGCAUACGACAUAUCUAAAGUCGAGUCGGUCAAAUCCGAAAUUACUCUAUGCGAUUGUCCAUGAAUGCGACAGACAGCUGCGAAAUGCAAAAGAGCCGUUACCUGCGAAAUUCCACAGAGUGUACGCCGAGACCCUGUCGAUGCUGUCGGUCUUCGCCAAGAGCAAGAAGAAAUCAAAGUCCGGCACCCGCACCACCAAGCCCGACGACGAGAAAAAACAAGAACAAAUACAGCAACCGGCCUCAAGCUCUGGCGCGACCGACACACCCGAAGACUUCCUCCUCGCCGCGGUUGAGCGCGCACAGAUCGGGCUGGAGACGUAUCCGGAGAGUAUCGACCUGGUCGCGCUGCGCUGCGAGACGCACCUGUCGAUCGUGGAGCUCAAGUUGAAGCCGGCGGCGAGGUCGUCGAAAGCGGUGGCGGACUGCGUGUAUGCGAUCCAGUCGGCGUUUGAUGACUAUGAUCGGACUGUGGAGCUGUUUGGUAAAAUCGCAGAGCCGCCGAAGGUUGAAGCCGCAGCGAGAAAGCAACCUCUGGGGCCGGUGAAUGAGUCUGAGAGCUCAGAUGAGAGGUUUGAGAAGUUGAAGGAGAGGAUAAAGGAGGCAGUUGAACGACCUAUCGAGCGUUCCGAAAAGUCAACCACUCCGCAAAAGGAAGAAGCUACUCCUCUUUCUUCUACCUCCGGCGACGUCGAGUUAACCUGGGACCGACUACGCCAGAUCCUGACGCGUAUAUCCAAGAUCCUCGAGAUCACGCUCGAGACCGGCUUUGUGUCUGCGCGGUGUCCCGAGUUUUACACAUGGAUCGAGGACCGGCUGGCCAAGGAAAUCGAACGGUGUCCAAACUCGCAGCUGUACCGCACAAUCAGCGAGUACUACCUCGUACGCGGCAACCCGUUCCUUGCGAUUGCAGAGGCCGGGUUUGAUAGUGAUAGCGACGAGGAUGAUAGCGAUGGCGACUCGAUAGAGCGUGCAAAGUCGAAUAAGGAUGAGGAUAAGGCGGAGUACGUGUCGGCGGUGAAGAAAGCGAAGGAGUAUUUGGAGCUCGCUAGUGAUUAUUACUGCAUGGCGGAUAGCGAUGAUGAUCCAGAUUCGAUUGUGACUUUCGCCGAGACCUUAAUCACAUACGCCAACCUCCUCUCCGACGAAACGAAGCAAGGAGAGAUGUACGAUUUAGCAGUCCAGCAACUCGAAAAAGCACAGGCGGCCGGGAUUGGCGACUAUACCGAGAUGAUCAACGAGCUCAAGUGUAUGGAUGGCGAGCUUGGGAGGAUGCUAAUCAUGAGUGACGAUGACGAUGACGAUGAAGACGAUGAGGGAUUUGGGAGUGAGAUUUCGGUUGAUUGGGAUGAGGAUGAGGAUGAUAGUGAGGAUGACGUUGUCGUCUGAUUUCUCCUUCGGGUUAUCUAGAGAUUUGGUAAUAGGACAAUAAACAUCUACUCUAGAGCGUGCGAUAGCUAUUUUAUAUGCGACAGCUAUUUUAUAAAACUACAGUACAACACAAUCUCAGUCACGCAUUGGUAACUAUAACAAGACAACCAAACAGAACUCCGUCAUUCUCGCUCUAUCGUUCCUUCCUCCUCUCUUUAAACGUAGACGCAACUCCUCACGCCUAUAUAGAGCCUCUCUCCGUC